CCGGAAGUGUGUCAGAGCUGGCGCCGCGCUGCUGCUAUCUGCCUGAGAGAUGGCUGGUGUCAGCGCGGAGCCCGGCCCCGGGGAGGCUGGCAGGGUUGAGCUGACCAUAAACCAAUGGACCCUGGAUUAUUACUUCCACUGCGCCAUAGAGGCCUUCAGGAACCACCGACAUGAUGACUUCUCCGAGAUCCGGGACAUUGUGUCAGUUUUAAUUCAGCGACCUUUAGAACGUAAUCUAAGGAAUUCACACAAACUCCGUAUAAUGCAGUGCAUUUCUCGGAUUGAAGAAGGGGAGGAUCCAGAUUGCCAGUUUGAAUCAAACUGCAUUGAAACCCCUUUGGAAUCUGCAGUCAGCAUUCUCGAUACGAUUCAAAGCGAGUUCCCUCUCAAUGCAGAUUUGCUCAGAUCCUGCAAGCAAAUGGUUAAAGAGGCUGCUGUUAUUGUGUGCAUUAAAAAGAGCCAGUUUGAUAAAGCCAGCAGAAUUAUUCGGAAGUACAUCUCAAACCACUUGGCCAUGAAGAAGCUGAAAGCAGAGCUCCUAGAAAUUAUCAAGAACAAGAAUCUCAGUCAUCCACUGGUCGAAAGCUUUUCCUUGGUUCCAAUCAAGCAAAAGAUCUACCAUCUGUUUGAGCGCUUUAUUGAUGACUCUGUGCCUUUCCUGUUGAGUGUUGCUCUGAAGGACAGGGAGUCUCUCAGCUUAUCAAAAGAACCCCAGUCUCCAGUUAGACAGAGUGAGCAAGUGGAAUCCCCUCCUCAGACGGAUCCCCCCAAGACUCCGCAGACACCGCGGUCAGCAAUAGACACUGGUCCUAUCUUCAGCCUGUCUGCAAUCAGAGCGGAGUUCAAGCUUCUCAGUAAAGAUGAAAACCCUGAUGCUGUGUUUGACAAUCUCUGUGAGACAGACUGUCUGUGGCAGCCCGGUAAAGAGCUCCUGGACAGGCGUGCCAACUCGGAAGAGCCAGGGAGUUCCGAGUCGCUUCCACAUUCGGUAACUGUAAAACAACUCGUCAUGGAGCAGGACAGUCAGUGUGAUAACGAACAAGAUCUCAUGGAUUCCUCCAACACAACGAGCAAAGAGAACAAAUCCCCCUCUAAAAUCCCCCAAAGGGGGAAAAUGCAAGCACGCAAAAACAUGAAAUCGAAAUGUUUUUUGAACGACUCUAAUGUGGUUGAAUGGCAGGACAGCUGGAGCGAGGAAGAGGAAUUGUUCCGAAAGAAGAAACCAGUAUCUUCAAAGACCUCAAAAACAUCAAAUGCAUCAGCGCGCCACAUCAAGAAACAGAAAUGGACAGAAGAGGAAACUGAUUGGAUCAGGAUGGGCGUACGGCGAUACGGAGAAGGGAAUUGGAAGGCUAUCUUGGAGAUGUUCCCUUUUGAGAACCGCACUGGUGUCAUGAUAAAGGACCGAUGGAGGACUAUGAAAAGGCAGAGAAUUCAUGAGUAAUCUGUACAUUUUAGCUGCGGUUUACUUGUGGUAAACUACCUUUUUUUUUUUUUUUUUUAUUCUGAAGAGCAACGCGUUUCCUAGUAGUUGCUGUUGAGAAGAUUAUGUGGUUUCAUUGUGGUCAUGCGAGUGUGCAAGGAUUCUUUGUGUGCUGGACACACAGCUAGUUUUACGGUGCACAAUGGCCAUGAAGUGUUCUCUAACAGAGUGGCUAAAUGCCUUUCUAACAGGUUUCAUUUUAUAUGGAAUUCAUUGUUGAGCUCAGUUGCUCCUAUUGAGAUCCCGCGUUCAUAAACUUUGACUCUUGUGUGCAACAAGAAAAAAUAAAUGUAUCUUGUACAGAAGAACUCCUACUAUGUAUAGAUCAAGAGUAUGUUGUCUAUAUUAUGGCACCUUGUAUAUAUGUUAACGCAAAAGCUAGACUUCAUCAGUGGCACAGUCUGGCGGUGCAUGAUUUUGGUUGAAUAUUUUUUUUUUUUUUUUCCUCUCUGUAUCGUUCGAAUUUUUGAAGGGGACCCAUUUCAUUUUACACAGCUUUGUGUGUUUUUUUUUUGUUUUAGCAGUUUUAUAAAAUAAAAAAAGCAUUUACUGUUGACCCAUGACGUUCUAUUGACUCCAUUGCUAAUCUGCUGUUAGCUUGUUCCCCUUUCUGAGUAAGUAUAUUGCUUUUUAUAGCGUAAAUUGAAUCCUU